AAACUAAAGAAAUGUGGUAUUAUCCAAAAACCAAUUAUGCAAUAUGAUAGUUGUCUGUGCAAACCUUUUGAUGGAAUGUUGUAGUAAUGACCAAAUUCCAUUUGUUUUUAGAUUUUUUAGUUGAAAGUUGAAUUUUACAAAACAACGAAUCGUUUUUGUGAAACUAAUAACUUUCAUUUAAAUAAGUCGGAAUCGUUUUUGUGACAAAAUCUGUUAAAAGAGUUUCAUUAUUUUUGAUGGAAGAGCUAAAGAGACUGGAGAAGUUUCAGACUGUUGUAUCAUCCAUUACUUGUCACGGUUUACUUUCUUCUUCAUCUUCCGAUUCAGCUUCUUCUUCUCGCUUCCUCUCCAAUCUAGUCCUUUUCCUGGUACAACCAUGCGGCGAACUCGAUUUAGAUUCGAAACUGGGUCUACUCUCUGAGUUCUUACCGAAAAUCUCAGGACCCUUCCUGGAAGAGAUAUCGAGAUCACUUGAGCUAGACGAUGAAGCUACUACACCACUUAACACAAUUUCAGAGUGCCAAAAUAGUUGUGUGAAGAGGAGUGUCAUGGACAAUGUUGAUCCUUACAUGUCACAGAAGCACCAAGAAGUUGUGGCAAUGGUCGGGCUAGAUGCAAUGAAGAGAGCAAACUCUACACUUGAGGAUUUCUCCAGGUCUUAUUUCAUGUUUCAUCGGUUGGAUAUUAACGAACCGCAAUCAAUAUUCAGAUAUUUACCUGUGCUUUCAUUCACAGAGAGUUACAUAUAUCAGAUGGAUGCUCUUAAUGAGAAGAUAGUCAGUGAAUCAGCUUGUGGAUCCCAAGUCAUUUAUUCAAGUCAUGGAUGGAAUGCUGAAUCACGAGUUCUGUUUGAAACUAAUCCGUUGAAGCCGCUUGGAGAUCUGCUUGAACGUGAGGCCCUUUUGACAAACAGAGUACAACAAGAGUUUAAUUCGGGUGAAGAGUAUUGGGCGUUAGAAAGAAAGCUUUGUCAUGCACUUUCAAACAAAAACAAGAUCUGUCUCGAAGAUGUGAUGAGAGCAAUUCAUUUGAAGUCCUUUGAUUACAGGGUGUUGAAUCUUCUACUAUACAAGUUGAGAGGAGAAGAGGUGAAUGAGUUGCAUAUGGACUUCUUGUCAAUCUCAGAGUUUCUGGUUGAAGUAGCGGAUGAUCUGUAAUCUUCUUUUAAAACCUCUCCAUCUAACACAAACAAACACAAAAAGUUUCAGAAUCUGAAUGGUUUCAACUUUACUUGUGCAGGUUCGAUUACGAGGUUAGAUACACCCUCAAAGAACUCCCUAACGUCAUCACGAUCUUUCAACUCGAUAUGGUUUUCUUGUAGGAUGAUGUUCUUGAGAACAAUUUCAAUGUAUUACGUAUGUUUGUGGGAAUAUUCGGCUCAUCGAAUGCACCCACUGAACUGGCGAAGCGGAUAUCGGAAGCUGAAGAGAAGUAUGAAGAGAUUAUGAAAUCCCUGGAUCCACAUUUGUCUUCAAAUUACCAAAGAAGAUGUGAAGAAGCUACUAAAGAAGGUGGGAAAAUUUCUGGUCAUUCGCUGGGAACAUGGAACAUACCGGCGGUUAUCUCCGACGAAGAAGCAUACCGAUCUGCUCAACGGUAAACCGAGAUUUAAGUCAUGGUUAUAUACCGGAUUAAACCGGGAUUUUUUUAUUGUAUCCUUGACCGAGACAUGAAUAGAUGUAAGCUUGUGACCAAACAUUCUUCGACCGUAUAAAAGGAAAAAAUAGUUUGAAGACUUUGUGACCUAUGAUGUAUCAAAGGAGACAAAAGCCAUUGACUCUUAUAAUUGGAUCAUGGAAUAAUAAUUUCAGUUGUCUUACUGUGAAAGUCUUCUCUUUCUGAUGAUUUUAUUUUUUUUGUUUGUG